GGUUGGAGGAUGGAAGAAGUGUCUGUGAAGCAGGGCUUCCUGUAUCUUCAGCAGCAGCAGACUUUCGGAAAGAAAUGGCGCCGGUUUGGGGCCAUGCUGUAUGCAGGGUCAGGCUGCACCUUGGCCCGGCUGGAGCUCCAGGAGGGCCUGGAGAAGUCACGGCGGGGAGAGGCUGCCCGGAGGAUCAUCCGCCUCAGUGACUGCCUGCGUGUGGCUGAGGCCAGCACAGAGGCCAGCAGCCCCCGGGACACCAGUGCCUUCUUCCUGGAGACGAAGGAGCGCCUCUACCUUCUGGCGGCCCCCACUGCAGAGCAUGGGGACUGGAUGCAGGCCAUCUGCCUCCUGGCCUUCCCCGGGCAGAGGAAAGAGCUCUCGGGUCUGGCAGGGAAGAGCAGCCAGCCCUGCAUGGAGGAAAACGAGCUAUACAGCAGCGCGGCUGCAGUGGUCCCCUGCAAGGAAUUUACUGUGAUCAUAAGACCCACAGAAGCCAGUGAGAGGUGCCAGCUCCAAGGAUCCUAUACCCUCCGCGCUGGGGAGAGCACCCUGGAGCUGUGGGGUGGGCCUGAGCCAGGCACCCAGCUAUACAACUGGCCCUACAGAUUCCUCCGGCGCUUUGGGCGGGACAAAGUGACCUUUUCGUUUGAGGCAGGCCGGCGCUGUGUUUCUGGAGAGGGCAGCUUUGAGUUCGAAACCCGGCAGGCCAAUGAGAUCUUCUUGGCCCUGGAAGAGGCUAUCUCUGCCCAGAAGAAUGCUGUCCCUCGUGGGCUCCAGCCCAAGCCAGCCACAGCCCCUGUGGUGCUGCCCCGGCCGGAGAGCCCCUACUCCCGGCCCCAUGACUCACUGCCACCACCUUCACCCACCACAAUGGCACCCACCCCAUGCCCUCGGGGUCUAGAGGGGGACUACGCAGUGCCCUUUGAUGCAGUGGCCCGCUCCUUGGAGAAGAGCUUCAGGGGCAUCCUGGCAGUCCCUCCCCAGCUCCCGGCUGACCCUCUGUAUGACAGCAUCCAGGAGCCCCUGCCCCCUCGGCCUGACCAUAUAUAUGAUGAGCCUGAGGGGGUGGCUUCCCUGUCCCUGUAUGACAGCCCACAGGAGCCCCAGCAUGAGGCGUGGAGAAGGCAGGCCACAGCUGACGGGGACUCCAGCAGCCUCCAGCAUAUCCACCCAGCUGGGCAGGACUUCUCUGCCUCUGGCUGGCCGCAGGGAACCGAGUACGACAAUGUCAUACUUAAGAAAGGCCCCAAGUGACAGGAGA